AUGAGCGAGUUACCGGGUGGAGCUGGUGGGCGGGGCAAGGGGUCAGAGUACAGCAGCCGUAGCAGCUACAGUGAGGGAGAUCUUGAGGUACGGAGGCAGCAGGUGCAGGGAGAGGAGAGGGAGAGGGAGAGGGAGGAGAGAGAGAGUCUGGAGCAACUAGACACCUUUCUGAACGAUCUGAAGGACAUGACAGACGGUCUCGAGAGUGUCCUGCAGCCCAAGAAAGAGGAGAAGAGGAGGAGGAAGGAACAAGCUACUCCACACUCCAACACAGGGGACCUCAGAGAAAGACUAGUGGAGUGUCUUUUUCUGAGCCCGCCACUCCACAGACGACAGAGGAGCUGCGAGGAGAAGAGGCUGCAGCCGUCUCUGAGUAUGGACGGUAGCCAGGAACUGAGCGAUGAGACCAAACUGCAGAACAGAACCUACCUCAAGAGUCUGGACAGCCUGCAGAUCCUCAAGAUGCUGGCGACUAUGGGACUCGGUCAGUAUCAGGAGGUGUUUGGUUCUCAGCAGAUUAACGGGGACCUUCUCCUCGAGUGUGACGACAAGAUGCUACAGAACGAUCUCCAGGUCAGCUCUAAGCUACAUCGAAUUCGUCUCCUGAGAAUCAUCAGUGGUAACUACUCUGUGUUGGACAUUCUGUCCGGUCGAGAUGGUUACGUCACCAUGCACCCCUGCAAAUGAUUAUCACCCUCGCAUCUCAUCCUCCCCCGGCAAAAGCAAUGCACAAUCUGUUCAGAACUGCACAGCACAAAGAUAACUAUGGCAACAACAGUCAAACAGUCAUACAAUGUGAUGUUUGUUAAUGAGACGUCUGUUUUAUAUCCGAAUCACUUGAUUCAGGCAAUUGGUAACUCAUGUGACUGCACUCUCUCUCUCUCUCUCUCUCUCUCUCUCUCUCUCUCUCUCGCUCCUCCCUGCUGUAUAAUCUAUUAUACCACUUGAUCCUCAUCAUAAUGAACAUGUCAUCAUCAAUGUCGUCAGUGACAGUGUACAAUCAUCUACAAAGCUCUGAUUGUAUCUCUCUCCGUGUAUUAUCAUUAUUGCAGUGCAAAUGAUGUUAAUGAUGGUGCUUUUAUGUGGCACUGUUCAUCUACAUACAGUA